AUGUCGUCCAGGAGAUUGUCAACACUAUGGGCGCGCGAAAUGCGCGGGUCCCAGACAUCCUACAUUUCCCAAUGUGCUCGUGGCAUUCCCUCAACAACGCCCCUGGUAUCCGCCUCAUGCCCGUCUAUGCGGUCGACUCGAUCCUCAUUGCGCUCGAGCUUCGCCAUUCGAUCGUAUUCGCAGGGCAAGGUGGCCGACUUGGCCAAGAACUUCUCCCGCCGGCCAGGAACUGCCGCUGAAACCUAUGUCGCAUAUGGCAUGACCCAGAAGCUAUUUGAGGCUUGCUCUAGCCAAGCGGACUACAAAAUCCCUCAAGCAUCGCAGAAAGGUGCAGAAGUUCCUAAGACGGCAGCCGGGGAAGACCUUGGUGUUGGAGAGGGCUGGUGGUAUAAAGAACUCGGUCUUAAGCCAACAUUCUCUACAUGGUCCCAGGUGACUUUCCUCCACAUGUACCUCUUGACAGUCCGUCUUCGUGCCCUUCCCUACCGUGAAAGCGUUACCACCUAUUCCCGCCAUCUGAUCGACCACUUUUCGCACGAGGCAGAACACCGAAUGGACGUGUACCAUGACCUGGGAAGCCGCACAAUCCGUAAUAAAUACUUAAAGGAUCUUUUCAUUCAAUGGCGUGGAAUCAUCGCCGCAUAUGAUGAGGGAUUGGCCAAGGGUGAUGCGGUUCUCGGAGCCGCUGUCUGGAGAAACCUUUGGAAAGGCAGCCAGACUGGACCCGAUGGAGAAGAGAUUGACUGGGCCAAGGUUGCCCAGGUGGUGGUAUACAUCCGGCGAGUCUUGUCGGAGCUCGCAAAGAAGGACGAGGUUGAUCUUGUUUUUGCGAUUGGAAGCGCCGACAAGAAGACCCGUGGUAUUUUCGGUUACUCCGAGGCGGACAAGAAGCUUGUUGAGUCGAGCAAAUAA